AUGUCCGUUAAGAGUAUUAAUACCCUCGGAAUACUCCCGGGGCCCGUGGAGCUGCUGCUGUGCUGCGGCGACUUCCAGGCGGUGCGCAACGAGGCCGACCUGCGCUGCAUGGCCAUGCCGCCCAAGUACCGCCACAUGCAGACCUUCUACAGGUACUACUCCGGAGAGAAAAAGGCCCCCGUCCUCACAAUCUUCGUAGGGGGUAACCACGAGGCCUCCAAUCAUUUGCAGGAGUUAUCUUAUGGUGGCUGUGUAGCACCAAACAUUUAUUAUUUAGGUUUGGCUGGUGUAGUAAAAUACCGAGGUGUAAGAAUUGGUGGAAUCUCUGGUAUCUUUAAAUCUCACGACUAUCGAAAAGGUCAUUUUGAGAGCCCACCAUAUAAUUCAGCUACAAUAAGGAGUAUAUAUCAUGUGAGAAAUAUAGAAGUCUAUAAAUUAAAACAGCUGAAGCAGCCCAUGGACAUCUUCCUAUCUCAUGACUGGCCACGAAGCAUUUAUCAUUAUGGCAAUAAGAAGCAGCUUCUGAAGACAAAGUCUUUUUUCCGACAAGAAGUGGAGAAUAACACGUUAGGAAGUCCUGCUGCUUCCGAACUUCUCGAGCACUUCAGGCCGACGUACUGGUUUUCUGCGCACCUUCACGUGAAGUUUGCAGCCUUGAUGCAGCACCAGGUCAAGGAUAAGGAACAGACUGCCAAAUCAACCAAAUUUUUAGCCUUGGACAAAUGCUUGCCACACAGGGACUUUCUUCAGGUAAUAGAAGUGGAACAUGAGCCCGGGGCUCCUGCCUACCUGGAGUAUGACGUUGAAUGGCUCUCUGUUCUCAGGGCCACGAACGAGCUUAUGAAUGUGACUGGGCGUCUGUCGAACAUGCCUGAGAAUAAUGGCUUGCAUGCCAGGUGGGAUUAUAGCGCAACAGAGGAAUCGAUGAAGGAAGUCCUGGAAAGACUGAAUCAUGACCUCAGAGUGCCCUGCAACUUCACCGUGACGGCUGCUUGCUACGACCCUGGGAAGCCCCAGGCCCAGGUGCCGUUGGUGCACAGGAUCAAUCCUCAGACCACUGAGUUUUGUGCCCAGCUCGGCAUCACAGACAUCAAUGUCCGGCUGCAGAGCGCCAGGGAGGAGCAGUCGUGCGGUGACGAUGACGAGCAGGACGGUGGGCAGAGUGACUCCGGAGAGGAGCGCAGCGAGUACAACACGGACACGUCCGCCCUGUCCUCGUUUAACCCCGACGAAAUAAUGCUGGACGACGAUGACGAGGAGGACGAAGGCAGCAUAAAGAUAAUGUAA